AUGGCAUCUAUCUCUCAAGAGCAACGCGACCGUCCUCGCGAGACAGUCAAGGUCCUCUAUGACUACGAACUAGCCAACGCACCCGGCAAAUCCAUCGUCGGUCUACAAGUCCACUACGGUCCCAACGGCUGGACGCCUCCGCACACCCACGCAGGCGCAGACGUCGUCGCAACAGUGACGCAGGGUCGCCUCCUCAGCGGGAUGAAUGGCAACACACCCAAGGUAUAUCACGUGGGAGAGAGUUUCCGUGAGCUGCCGGGAUGUCAUCACACUGUUAGCGAUAAUGAUAGCGCUACUGAGGAUACCACAUUUAUCGCGGUCAUGGUAUUUGAUACUGAGGUUGUGAAGAAGGGGUACCAGGCUCUUGUGGUGCUGGAUAAUGGCUAUGAGUAA